UAUAAACUGUGUGGUUUCUCUCUCAUUCAUCACUUUCCUCCUCUGCAACCUCGUCCGAGUGCUCCGGCCGUCAGCGGAACCAUGCCGAAGCAAAUCCACGAGAUCAAGGAUUUUCUCCUCACUGCAAGGCGGAAGGACGCCCGGUCUGUCAAAAUCAAGAGAAGCAAGGAUGUUGUCAAGUUCAAGGUUCGCUGCUCCAAGUACCUCUACACACUUUGUGUGUUUGACUCCGAGAAGGCCGACAAAUUGAAGCAAUCCCUUCCUCCAGGUUUGAGCGUGCAAGACCUUUGAACGUGCACGAGCUUGCAUUUCGUGGGAGAACUCAAGAGAAUACCGAGGAAUCGUGUUUUGAACCGUUUGAUCAUUGUUUGUAGGAUUUUGACUGUUAUAUGGGAUUACCCAGUGUAGUUCUAUUCUAGACUGAGUCAAGUUUUCAGUUUGGCUUUUAUCUGAUCAAUGGAGCCUCCAUUUGUUUUGCUCAGAGUGAAGCUAUGCUUCGAAAUUGAUUUGAGGAUCGUUCGUGGAGGUUGCUCAGAUUAUAUCGAGUGUUGCAUUGCUAUGCUUGCUUUGGAAUC